AAUUUAAGAGGCCACGCUGCUGUUGAGCCUGUCUGUGUACUGUGCCGGCCCUCGUGAGCCGGGACACUUCACCUGCACUGAUCAGGAUGCUGCAACUUCCACCUGGACUCUUUAUUGUCUCUUUUCUCUUGACCUCAGCCCCGCCGGCUGCAGGUCAGUCCCUUUUCCAGCGUCGUUCUCCAUGGACAGGUGGGAUCAGAUUAGCUGAAGGUGGCGUCACCCGUUGCUCUGGAAGAGUGGAAAUCUACCACAAAUACGCCUGGACAACAGUAUGUGGUGACAGCUGGCACCUGAAUGACGCCAUGGUGGUUUGCAGACAGUUGGACUGUGGUACGGCAGUGAGCACGACUCGGUCGGCCCACUUUGGUUGGGGACCUGGCCCCAUUUGGCUCAAUGUGGCCUGCUCCGGUUAUGAAGGUGUCAUAAAAGACUGUCGCCACGGAAGAUUUGAGGAACAUGCCUGUCCCCACCGUGAGGAUGCUAGUGUCAUCUGUUCAGCCAGUCUGAAGCCCAGCAUCUCCAUAUAUCCUACCAGUGUGGUUACCUGGGGUCGUGGUGUUGCCAUCACCUGUUCGAUCUCAACUGAGCAUCGAGGGGGAACGUUCACUCUGCAGCAGAAUUCAGGCUCAGUCAGUACCCAGAGCCAAAGGUCAAGUUCCAGCUCUGCCACCUUCCUCAUCCUUCCAGUGAACUUUGAAAACGAAGGACUGUACCAGUGUCAGUAUCACCAUCAGUCUCAGAUCCGGUUUUCGAGUGCAGACUUCAGGACUUCCCUAAGUGACCCUGUCAGACUCUCUGUUACUGUGCCACUGCAGCAGCCUAACAUCUCCCUGACAUCUCCCGACGGAGCAGGGCUGCUCUGGAGUGCGGAGGCUGCGGUGGUCACAAGGGGUCACGGCUUUGUCAUCACCUGCUCAAUUUCCAAACACUACCCCGGAGGUGUUUUCUCUCUCAUCUUCUUCGGCUCCAACAUCACUGACACCGAGCCUGCCGUCGACCACUCGGCCACCUUUGAGUUCCCCGUAGCUGGGUACCAACACCAGGGCAACUACAGCUGCGUGUACAAAGUCACGUUGUCCUCGAGGACAUUCACUUCUAUAGAGACAACAUCCAUUAGUGUCAUCAUUAAAUCGCCUCUGCUGCGGCCGCUGCUCUCCUCGUUGGCUCCUGGGGGCCUGGUGCUGCUCCUGUGGGUCCUGGCGCUGAUCUGUCUGGUCCACAAGAGACGACGACAAGCGAUGUCGCCUGCAGUCGCCCACUUCGCUCAAUGUGCUGUCAGGAAUCACCGUGUGGCCUGUGAGGAGGAGGAGGAGGAGCACUAUGUGAACUUCACGCCAGUGCAGUACAAGGAGAGGCAGAGGAAGCCAACGAGGGCGCUGAUGGAUGAAGAUCGUGAUAAAGAAAAGGAGAGAAAAGAAGAGGAGAGUGCUGAGUAUGAGGGAGAGCAGAACCACGGAGACCUUCCAGAGAUCCAUGGAGGACAAGAAGACAUUUAUGAAACAUUUUAGUUUCUCCAGUAGAACAAUAGCACAGGGAUUAAUUGACUCACUGAAAGCAUUUCAACACCUGUUUGUUGCCAGAUUAACAGCAAUAUUUGGGAACUUUGCCAUAUAUUUACUUUUCUCAUUAAAAAAUAUAUCACAGAUAGUGUCACUGUUAACAUUUAACACUUAGAUUCAACACUGAGCUUUAAAUUUGACAUAUGCUGUAGGUUGGAAUUUAAUAUUUAGAUUUGACAUUGACAUUUUCUUUAAUAUAUAUUCUAUUUAUGGAUAAAUAUGACAAAGUUCAUAAAUGUCGCUGCAAAUCUGGUGAAAGAGUGACUUCAAAAUUUCCCACCACUAUUUGAGGUAAAAUUAUGGCAAAAUGUUACGGUAAUUUUCAGCGCGCGAUGCUUUACAAUCAAUCAUAUUUUAGUGACAUCCCACAAUGCACAUAUGAAAUAACUUCCUGUCUGUAAAAAUCUAUGAGGAAAUAAGAAAACAUUAUGUUAAUUCAUUUUUCUUUUCAUAUAGUAUCAACUUACUAUCAUAGUAAAGAAGUCGAGUAUUCUUUGUGCAUGCCACUUAGAGAUACCAUGACAUAAUAAAAAAUAAAAGAAACGGUGACCAGUGUUAAAACUAUAUAUAUAAACACACUGCAUCAGCUUAUUUGUUUAUAACUGUGGUAUACUUAAAUCUACAGUGUUCAAUACUCAGAAGAACGUAUUUACAGAUAUUAAAUAUAUUGUCCAUGAUUGUGUGUUCAUAUAUGUAUAAUCACCCCGAACAAAGAACCAAUAUUUUUUCGUCAAUUUUGAAUGAGUUAAAUAUAGUAACAUGAGGUGGACCCGACCUCCGUGUAAAUUACCAUGUUUGCUUAGUCGUGUUGCCGACUUCAGGGGUCCCAGUUCCGAGGUAUAAUGAAACGCAGCAUUAAAUACAGUUGCAGGAAACAGUCCCGAAUACGUCGCAUUCGUGUUGAAUUUCCAGCGCUGCUGGAAACCGGAAAUGGAAUUAGCGGUGCGCCACCAUAAAGUGUCCCCUGUCGGAUGCUCACUUAGUUGCUGUUUGCAACUUUACCACCAGAUGCCGCCAGAAAAGUGCAAACACGGUGUGUGUACCUGAAUAAGUUGUGUGAAUGAUAGUUCCUCUGCUUAUAGGAAGCUGCAACUCCUCGGUUGGUUGUUAAAAUGGGAAAUCCCUUUGAGGCGUUGACGUAAAGUGUGUCUCAUACGUAUGCACUAUUAUGUAUAAUGUGUUGUAUGAUGAACAAUAAAAUAUGUUUGCGGUCUGA